GAGGGCGCCUCGUUUCUUCUUCUGUUAUGUCUCUACACGACAGUCUUUCUACCACCCCUAGUGGACGGGAAUGUCUAUCUGACAGGGUUAUUCACCAAACUGAACGUUGCAGACGAAGUGAUUACAAGAAAAUGAAACUAUAUAAUCCUAAUUUCUAACCAUGGCGUCAAGCGGGUUGUACGCUUCCAGCGUCAAGGAGGAGUACUCCAGCAGCAGUGAUGAUGAGGUCUCCUCCAUGAGCGACCCAGAGGUGGAGGCAGACAGGUCCCUGGUCCCUGCCCACCAGCAGACGGAGCCCUGCAGGUACUACAACAGCCGUGGCGGCUGCAGGAGAGGGGCUGAGUGUCUCUUCCUCCACCUGUGUAAGUACGCCGUGGGGGGGAUGUGCCGGAAGGGGACCCGCUGCUCCCUCGCUCACCCAGGGGCACCCAUACACCCCUCUGGAGAUCACCGUGGAGACAGGAGUGCACGGGGUCAGAGAUCUCAGUCAAGAGAGGGGAGGCUGAGUGAUGAGCGAGCGUACCAGUGGCAGCUGAACGUUGGGCAGGGCUGGGUGGACGUGGCCAAUGACCACAUCAUAGAGGCACAGUACAGCCUGCCCAACACCUCCGUCAUAUGCAUCUUUAACACCCCCUAUGGGAGGGUGAACAUCGACUUCAAGCGGAUGAGGGUUCUUGAGAAGGACAUCCGAGUGAGGCGUCUGGAUGGGAGGAAGACGACCUGGGUCUGGUUCUACAGCAGCAGCGGCCGUGGCUGGGUCUCUUAUGACAGGAAGGAUUCCACAGGAAAGCCAGGCCCUGUGAAGAGCUCUGAAAUUGAGCAGCAGUACCAGCAGAACCCAAAGGGUUCCCUCACAUUCCACAUCAACUCAGAUCAGUAUGAGAUAAAGUUCAAAGAGAAGCAGCAGGUGGGUAGAAGGAGCAGGAGGGUGAGGCGUCGCCCGGAGUACCAACAGAAACCGUCUCAAGGAUCUCCGUUAGGGGUGGCGGCCUUCCAUAAUGUGGGCGUGGCUCCUGCAGCCAGCCAAUCACCUGAGUGGAAGUUUGAAGGGAAGAGUGGAAAGUGGCACAAGUUCAAAAAAGAGGAGAGCUCUGUGUCCAGCGCUGAUAUUGAGGCUCAGUACCAGAUCAACUCCACAGGCUCCAUGAACUUCACUGCUAAUGGGAAACCCUUCAUGCUGGACUUCUCAGCCAUGAAGCAGAUAAAUCUCACCACCAAGCAGAAGAGAGCCGUCAGGAGGUUCUAGACCGGCACCCCGUCUCCUGUCCCCAGCCGACUGUAACAAAUGAAGUCACAGUCUGUCAAUUAUAUAUUGCUGCAAUUGCAUUUAGGUUCUGUUUGUGGGCAUCAAGUUUUAUAGCUUUGUAACCAUAGCCUACUGCUUACAAGUCCAGUUGAGAGGACAUUCUGGGCUUUCUAUGGAUUGCUCAAAUGUAAAUAACCCAAAUAAUAGUUAUGUAAUUCUAGUUGCAUAACUAUAACACAUAGGGCAAUAUGUUUUCCUAUGUUGUGUACAAUGUAAACUUAGUAAACUAUAAAAAUCCCCAGGUGUCAGGGGAAUAUAGAGAGAGGUUAGACAGGAGUCAGGUGGCUGAGCGGUGAGGGAAUCGGGCUAGUAAUCCGAAGGUUGCCAGUUCGAUUCCCGGCCGUGCAAACUGACGCUGUGUCCUUGGGCGAGGCACUUCACCCUAGUUGCUUCGGGGGGAAUGUCCCUGUACUUAAUGUAAGUCGCUCUGGAUAAGAGCGUCUGCUAAAUGACUAAAUGUAAAUGUAGACUUGAGGAAAUGUAGUUGUAACAGAAGAUGUUUACGUGGAAAAAACAAUCAGGUGUUGAAAAUGACUGUCAAAUGUUUACAGCUUGAACAUGAUCAGACUCAACACCAGUUUUUAUUGAACAUCAUAACUUAAGUGCUACUAGCCUAAAUGUUAUUGAACUGGCCUUAAUCGUGUACUACUUGAAACUGCCAUCUGUUGUGAUUUGUGAUGGGAUCUCCAAAGCCAAAAUAACUCCAGCCUUUAACGUGCCAUGAGCCUGCUAUUUAGGCAGAUAGCAAUUUUUUACAGUGGCAGUUUGAAAUCAUGUUUUAUUGUUAAUAAUAAAUAUUUGACUAAACAAAUGUGA